AUGGCAGACCCUCAAGAGCUGCCGUUAAUGGGCCUCAGCUUCUACCACAGCCAGUCGCCCUUUCUUUCCUGUGAGCAGCAGCAGCAGCAGCAGCAGCAGCAACAGCAGCAGCAGCAGCAGCUGGGUCAGCCCAAUGUGCUUCCGUGCGGGUGCCGAUCUGUGUCGGCUCUCCGCGCACUCUCUCAGACCGUGUGGGAUCAGCAACUGCAGCAGCAGCAAGCUCCGGUGCAGCAGCAUCAGUGGCAGCAGCAGCAACAGCAGCAGCAAAUGCUGUCUCAACAGCCCCUUCAGGGUAUAAGACGCCCUUUAACUGACUGCACGCCAUAUUGGGGCUCCGUAGGGGCCUCAACUGCCUUCGCAGAUACACAGCAGCAGCAGCAGCAGCAGCAACAGCAGCAGCAGCAGGAGGAAAGCUUUAUGCCGACGUGGGAAGAGGAGACACUUCGUGAGGCGCAGGAACUGCACCGCCGAUUUCAGGAGAUUGCAAGGGAGCAGCAGCUGCAGCAGCAGCAGCAGCAGCAACAGCAGCAACAGCAGCAGCAACAGCAGCACCGACACCAACAGAAGCCGCAGCAGCAGCAUCAACAGCAGCAGCAGCUUCCGGUGCGGCAGCAGCAGGUCAUGGAGACGGAGGGAGCGCAACGGCAGCAACAGCAGCAACAGCAGCAUAAGCAGCAGCAUCAGCAUCAGCAGCAGCAGCAGCAGCAGCCACAGCAGCAGCAUCAACAGCCGCAGCACGAGACAGGCGGCGCUAUGUGCUGCUGCUGCUCUCCCUUCUUGCCAGUGCCCACGCCGGAGCGUUUCAGGGCGGAGAAGCAGCAGCGGCUGCAGCAGCAGCGCAGCAAACGCUAUGCGCUGCAGCAGCAAACCCGCGACAUUCGAGCUGCCAGGGAUGCAGGGGCUGGGGGCCUCUUGCAACUGCGCCCUGUACACACACAGCAACAGCAGCAGCAGCAGCAGCAGCAGCAGCAGCAGCAGCGGCAGCAGCAGCGGCAACAGGUGACACAGCAGCACCAGGUACCGCAGCAGCAGCAGCAGCGGCGCCAGCAGCAGCUGCAGCAGCAAGAGGCGAGGACGGGACCUCCGCAGCAGCACCAGCAGCAGCAGCAGCACAAGGCAAUGCCUCCAGGAAGCCCGGAUGUGAGUGCAGAUGAAGCUGCUGAUUCUUCCCAAGCUAGCGGUGCUCCCUUCAUGCUGCAGCAGCUGCAGCAGCAGCAGCAGCAUCUGCUGCUUCAGCAGCAGCAGCAGCAGCAGCAGCAGCAGGGAGCAGAGGGAGCAGCAGGGGCUGUAUUCUGCUGCUGCGCCGGUAGCGCUGAGGGAAGCUGCACUUGCGGGCGAGGUCAGCAGCAGCAGCAAAGGAGGAGCAGCAGAAUAAGACAAGCAGGGACACCGCAGCGCUUGCUGCAACUGCUGCAGCGUCACGGAGGACCCCAUCAGCAGCAGCAAAAGCUGCAGGCGCAGCAGGAAGGAAACGAACAGCAGCAACUGCUCCAGCAGCAGCAGCAGCAGCAACAGCAGCAGGGAAAGGAGACUAUAGAGUCAACGUUGUGGCCCUUCCGGGCGCUUCCUUUAGGCGAAGUGAUGCAGCGGCGGCUGCAACAGCAGCAGCUAAAGCAGGAGCAGGAGCAGCAACAGCAGCAGCAGCUGCUGCAGCAGCAGCAGCAGGUGCAGCAGCAGCAGCAGCAGCAGCAGCAGCAGCAGGGUUGCUGGAGGGACUCCUUUACUGCCGCUUGUUCACAGUAUAUGCCGUUUGCUGAGCGGUGUCUGAGCCCUUCCUUCAGGGCGCUGCUGCAGCAGCAAAUUCCGCUGCAGCACGAGCAGCAGAAAAGGCACUUGCUGCAGCUGCAGCAGCAGCAGCAGCCGUUGCUGCUCCCUGAGACGGACAACCGAGAUAUACAGCAGCAACAAAACCUGCAGCAGGAGGCCGCGUGGGUAGUGACCCACCCGGGAAUGCAGCAGCAGCAGCAGCAGCAGCAGUUGCAGCAGCAGCAACGGCAGCACGAGCAACAGCAGAAGCAACUCAAGCUGGAACACCAGCAGCUGCAGCCAUGCAUCCAGCUGCUGCAGGAUCUGCUGCAGCAGCAGCAGCCCUCCACAGCACCGACAGAAACCGCUGCUCCCUCGCUGCAGCUGGAGCUACAAGCCCCAGAACAGCAGCAGCAGCAGCAGCAGCAGCAGCUGGGCCCGCACUGGCUGCCGGAGCAUCCUCACUGGCUGCCUAAGUACGAGCCGCUGCCUUCAUGGUAUUUCGACCAGCAGCAGCAGCAGCGGCAGCAGCUGCAGCAGCAGCAGCAUCUGGAGCCGCAGCAGCAGCAACUGCUGCUGCAGCAGCAGCAAUCCUGCUGCUCCUGGGGCCUCCCUUCCUCCUGCAACGAGACUGCAGGGGAGAUGCUGCAGUCCCCUGUCUCUGUGCUGCUGGGACAGCGGAUGGAUGCACCGGAAGCUGCUGCUGCGGCUGCUGCUGCUGCUGCUGCUUUUGGCAGCAGCGCCACCUUCUGCCUGCCUAUCGAUGAGGCCUCAUAUACGCGAAAUGAGCAGGCGCAGCACGAGCAGCAGCAGCAGAAGCAGCAGCUGCUGCUGCAGCUGCAGCAGCAGCGGCGGCGGCGUGAACAGGAUAUGCAGCAGAGGGCACUGCAGCAGCAGCAGCCCGAGCUAGAGGAGACGCAGCAGGAGCAGCAGCAGCCGCUUGACCCGGAAACGCAACAGCAGCAGCAGCCGCAGCAGCAGCAGCAACGGGAGAAAGAACAGCAACAGCAGCAGCAACCCAGUGAGGCACCAACGGAUGAGCCGCCGGGGGAAAGCAAAAGCGUUGUCUCUGCUGCGUGCAACCUUAACUGCAGCAGCAGCAGCAGCAACAGCAACAGCAGCAACAGCAGCAGGAAGGCGUUUUACCUGCGUGCAACAGUACUGCGUUUAGAGGGGAUGCAGCUGCAGCGGCGGCGUCGGUACGUGGCGCGGCAGCAGCAGCUGAAGCAGCAGCAGCAGCAGCAGCAGCAGCAGCACCAUGCCGUGAGCCCGCUGCUGCGCGCGUGUCUCUCCGUCUCUGUCUCUAAUUGUGGGAGACGCCUGCAGCAGAGACACCGCGUCAGAGCAGCAGGACUGCAUGCAUUUGUGAAAACAAUUAGGGAUAAACAUAGGCAGCAGCAACAGCAGUUGCUGCGGCUCAUCAGCAGCGGUCAAGCCGCUGCAGCAGCAGCUUGUGCUGCUGCUCUACCUUCGGCAGCAGCAAAACCCUUUGUCAGACGAACUCGGGCAGCAGCAGCAGCAGCUGCUGCUGCUGCUGCUGUUGCUGCUGCAACAGGGAAAAGGUCUUCAAAAUCGGCAUCAAGAGCAACAGCGACAUCAGCAACAGGAACAGCAGCAGAAGCAGCACCUGCUGCUGCUGCUUCAAUAGCAGAUGGCCUGAGCCUCCGUCGCUUAGUAGCAUCACAACGGCGGCAGCUGCAGCAACAGCAGGAGGUGCUGCAAAGACAGCGCCUGCGCAUAGCGUAUCUGGAGCAGCAGCAGCAGCAGCAACAGCAGCACCUCCGGCUGCUGCAGCAGGAGCUGCUGGUGACGCAGCGGCUCCAACCGCAGCAACAGCUUAUCGCAGAUAACGAAUUUGACUGCAGCCCCGCCAAACUGCAGCAGCAGCAGGAGCAGCAACAGCAGCUGGACGCGCGGGUGCACUUGCUGCAGCUGCAGCUCGAAUGCAUGCAGCAGCAGCUGCUGUUGCUCCUGCGGCGCCGCAGCAGCAGCAGCAACAGCAGCAGGAAACGCAUUACAUCGAACUCUCUGGAUGGCGCCCGUACCGCCUCUUCCCCUCCGCAGCAGCGGCAGCAGCAGCAACGGCAAGAGCUGCCGCAGCUGCAGCAGCUGCAACAGCUGCAGGAAUUGCAGCAGCUGCUGCAGGAGGACCAUCAGCAGCUGCAGCUGCAGCAACAGCAGCAGGAAAUUAAGCGAAAGGAGCUUUUGCAGCAGGAGAAGACGCCAGUGGACUUUCACGUACAGCUGCAGCUGCUGGAUAGGCAGCUGGCUGAGGCGCAGCAGCAGCAGCAGCAGCAGCAGCUGGGAAAGCGAGAGGCGCAUACAAAGCAAAUGGAAGAAGAAAGAGAGGCCCUUGCGGCGAAGCAGCACCAGCUGCAGGCAGAGCUAGAGCGACAGCUACAGCAGCAAGAGGAGCAGCUGCUGCUGCUAGAGCAGCAGGAGCAGCAGCAGGAGAUGCUGCUGCAGCAACAGAGAGACCGGCAAUUGGAGGAGCACCAGCAGCUUCUAAAGCAACAGCAGCAGCACAUAGACGAGCAGCAGGAGCACCUGCAGCAGCAGCAGCAACAUCAACGGAAGUCGCGGGAGGGGCGGCAGCCAGAGACUGAAAGGCAGCAGCUGCAGCAGCUACAGCAACACGAGCAGCAGCAGCAGCUAGAGCAGCAGCAGGAGCAGCACAGGCGAAAUAUACAGCAGCAUGAAGAGCUCUUUAGACUCCGGCAGCAGCUGAUGGAGCAGAUGAGGCUGUUGCUGCUGCUGCUGACGCAAACAAAUCCUUCUGCCCCAGUGGAGAGGAAUCAGCUGCAGCUGCAGCAGCUCCAGCAGCAGCUACAGCUGCAGGAAGAGCAGCAACAGCAACUGCAGCAGCAGCAGCUGCUGCAGAUGCAGCAGCAGCGGCAGCUGCAGGAACAACAGCAACAGCGCCAACACCAGCAAGUGCAGCAGCAACAGUUGCAGCAGCAGCAAAGGCCGCAGCACCAGCAAGUGCAGCAGCAGCAGCAGCAUCAGCCGGUGCAGCAGCAGCAGCAGCAGCCUCUGCCAAGGCUAGCAGUGGCGAUGCAACAACUGCUGCAGCACCAGGAACAGCAGCAACGCCUACGGGAGAAGCAGCUGGAGCAGCAGAAGAAGCUGCUGCAGCAGCAGCAACAGGCGCGGAAGCAGCAACUGCUCCGGCAGGAACAGGAGCAGGAGCAGCUGCUGCAGCAACACCGCCAGCGUGUUGCUGCUCUGCCUUCUGCAAAAGGUGAAGGCGACUCAAGCGGCACGCAGCAGCAAAGCAGCAGCAGCAGCAAAGGUCCUUCUGCGAUUUCAGCUGUACAUGCCGCAACAGUUGCUGCUGUGAACAGUGCAGCUAUUGCUGCUGCUGCAGCUGCUGCAGCAGCGGAGUUUGUAGCAGAGCGAACAGUAGCUUCGAGGAGAUCAGGAGACUGCAGCAGCCGCUGCAGCAAGAACAAGAGCAGCAGCAGCUGCUGCAGCAGCAAAAGGAGCAGCAGCAGCAGCAGCAACCCGGUAGUGUCGUCCAGCUCUACAGAUAUAUCCGAGUUGCGCACGUCGCAGCAUAAGCAAAACGCUGCUGCUGCUGCUGCUGCUGGCAGCAGAAGCAGCCAGCAGCAGCAUCAGCAGCAACAGGAGCAAGAGGAGUAUGAGCAGCAGCAACACGAGGAGCAACAGCAGCAGAAGCGACUGCAGCAGCAGCGGCGGAUGCAGCAAAGGCGUGAAGAGGAGCAGCAACUGCAGCAGCAAGAAGAUGAGGAAUCCGAUGAUGAAGCCUCAGUUGACGAGGAGACAGCAGCAGCAGCAGCAGCAGCAGCAGGAGCCAAGCAGCAACGGAAACUUCACACCCAGCGCAGCAGCAGCCUGCUGCUCCUUCGCUCCAGCCAGCAGCAACAACUAGACCAGCAGCAACUGGAGCAGCAGCAGCUAGAGGAGCAGCAGCAAGAGAAGCAGCAGCUAGAGCAGCAAGAAGAAGAAGAAAGCGACGCGUUUAGCUAUGAUGCAGACGGAGACUUUGAGGUCGGGCCUCUGUACACUGAAGAGGAAAUACAGGCGCUGCAGCAGCAAGAGCAGCAGCAGCGAGAGCAGCAGCUGCAGCAGCAGCAAAGUGACGCUAACAGAGGACUUCUCCACGGAGAAUAUUACGCCGGAGAAGAAGCAAAUAUACAGCAGCAGCAACACGAGGGCGAGCAGCAGCAGCAGGAUCUGCAGCAGCAGCAGCUCGAGCAGCAGCAGCAGCUGCUGCUUCAGGAGCAGGAGGUGCUGCAGGCACUGCACAAGCAGCAGCGGGAGCAGCUGAUGAUGCAGCAACGCGAUGAGUUGCAGCAACUCGAAGUGCAGCAGCAGCAGCAGGAGCAUGAUGCCCAGAUGCAGUUUCUGCUGCUGAGGCGCAGCAGCAAACUAAACGCCAACGCCACCGCUGGGCCUACACUUCCCCAUGAGGGAGCUACUCAGCAGCAGCAGCACCAGCAGCAGCAGCAGCAGCAGCAGCAAGAGAAGCAGCAGCAGCAGCAGCAGCCUGGCGCCGACGAGGAGUCCAGCAGAAGCGAGGAAGCAAAUGAAGUGGAAGGCCAGCGGCAGCAGCAAGACGAGCCGCAGCAGCAGCAACAGCAGCAGCAGCAGCAGCAGCAGCAGGGAGGGGGUUGGUUUACGGCUCUCCCUUUAUCACCGCAGAGCACCCAGCGACCAAUCCUUAGCAAAGCGCUGCAGCUCUCACGGGGCUAG